UCCCAGGGAUCACCCUCCUCUGAGCUGACUCUGCGGGAGGAAGACAGUCGGUCAGGACAACCGACAGGUGGAAAUGGCCCAGGACGCGCAGAGCAAGAGCGACAUUGGGAGCCCCGCCUGGGCCGGAGGCCGCUCCCGAUGCCAAGACCCGGAGAGAGGAGGAGAGGAAAUGAAGACGUCCAGUAUGGUCAGCCCAUUGAGCGUGUUCCGGUACUCCGAUCGGCACGAUAAGUGGCUCAUGUUCCUGGGCACCACCAUGGCCGUCGCCCACGGUGCCGGCCUCCCGCUCCUCAUGAUCGUCUUCGGAGAGAUGACCGAUAGAUUUAUCCAGACGGGAAACAUCUCGGCUCCAGGCAAUUUCUCUUGGGCCAUGUUCAAUCCAGCCAGGAUCUUGGAGGAAGAAAUGACCAGGUACGCGUGGUAUUACUCCGGCCUGGGAGGCGGAGUGCUCAUCGCAGCCUACGGCCAAGUUUCAUUCUGGACCCUAGCCGCCAGCCGGCAGAUCCGGACGAUCAGGAAGAAGUGUUUCCGGGCCGUGCUGAGGCAGGAAAUGGGAUGGUACGACGUCAACGAUUCCGCCGAGCUCCACAGUUGCCUCACAGAGAGCAUCGCCAAGAUCGCCGAGGGCAUCGGAGACAAGGCCGGGAUGUUCUUUCAGGCGGUCUCCACGUUUCUCACGGGAUUUCUGGUGGGGUUCCUGCGGGGCUGGAAGCUCACCCUGGUGAUCAUGGCCAUCAGCCCCAUCCUGGGGCUCUCCUCGGCGGCCUGGGCAAAGAUACUGUCCGCGUUUACCGACAGAGAGAUGUCCGCAUACGCAAAAGCAGGCGCCGUGGCUGAGGAGGCUCUGGCAGCCAUCAAGACCGUGACGGCUUUCGGAGGACAGAGCAGAGAACUCACCAGGUAUAAGAGGCAUUUAGAAGAGGCAGAAAAGAUUGGAAUAAAGAAAGCCAUUACAGCCAAUCUUUCCUUGGGGACUGCUUUCUUCUUGAUCUAUGCCUCAUAUGCCUUGGCUUUCUGGUACGGAUCUUCCUUAACACUAUCAAAGGAAUACACUCUUGGAAACACGAUGACCGUCUUCUUCUCCAUCAUCUACGGAGCUUUCAGUGUCGGACAGGCGGCUCCGUGCAUGGACGCUUUUGCCAACGCAAGAGGAGCGGCGAGGACCAUCUUUGAGAUCAUCGACAGCAAUCCUCAAAUUGACAGUUUUUCGGAGAGGGGAGACAAACCAGGCAAUCUGAAAGGGAAUCUGGAGUUCCGGAACGUUCACUUCUCUUAUCCCGCUCGCCCCGAGGUCCAGAUUUUGAAGGGCCUGAACCUGAAGGUGAACAGCGGGCAAACCGUGGCCCUGGUGGGGAACAGCGGCUGCGGGAAGAGCACCGCCGUCCAGCUGAUCCAGAGGCUGUACGACCCCACCGUCGGCUCGAUCAGCAUCGACGGACGGGACAUCCAGACCCUGAACGUCCGCUUCCUGCGGGAGGUGACCGGCGUGGUGAGCCAGGAGCCCGUGCUCUUCGCCACCACCAUCGCCGAGAACAUUCGCUACGGCCGGGAGGACGUCACCAUGGACCAGAUCAUCCAGGCCGUCAAGGAGGCCAAUGCCUACGACUUUAUCAUGAAGCUGCCCAAGAAAUUUGACACGCUGGUGGGAGACCGGGGGGCCCAGCUGAGCGGGGGCCAGAAGCAGAGGAUAGCCAUCGCUCGGGCCCUGGUGCGCAACCCCAAGAUCCUUCUGCUGGACGAGGCCACCUCGGCCCUGGACACCGAGAGCGAAGCGGCGGUGCAGGCCGCCCUGGACAAGGCCCGAGAAGGCCGCACCACGGUUGUCAUAGCCCACCGCUUGUCUACGAUCCGCAACGCGGAUGUCAUCGCCGGCUUGGAGGACGGGGUGAUCGUGGAGCAAGGAACCCACGAUGAACUGAUGAACAAGGAUGGUGUAUAUUCCAAACUCGUGGCCAUGCAGGCAUCCGGAAGCCAGUGGGAGUCAGAAGAAUUUGAAGAGGGAGACAGUGGCGAGCUGAGUGGCGCACAGAUGUCUUCAAAUGGCCACGUGUUCAGAAGAUCUGUCCACUCAAGUGUGAGAAGAUCCAGACGGGAUCAGAGGAUCCUGAAAGUGAAAGUGGAGGAGCUGGACGCGAACGUCCCACCGGUGUCUUUCCUGAAGGUUCUGAAGUUGAAUAAGCAAGAGUGGCCUUAUUUUGUGGUGGGCACGCUCUGCUCCCUAGUCAACGGGGCUCUGCAGCCUGCAUUUUCCGUCAUCUUCUCGGAGAUGAUAACCGUCUUCGGGCCGGGAGACGAGGCCGUGAAGAGGCAGAAGUGUGAUAUGUUCUCGGUGGUGUUCCUUGUCCUGGGGAUCAUUUCCUUCUUCACCUUCUUCCUCCAGGGGUACACGUUUGGUAAAGCCGGCGAGAUCCUCACCGGGCGGCUCCGGUUCUUGGCCUUCAGAGCCAUGCUGAGGCAGGACAUGAGCUGGUUUGAUGACCCCAGGAACAGCCCCGGAGCCCUGACCACCCAGCUGGCCACGGACGCGGCCCAGGUCCAAGGCGUCACGGGCGCCCGGCUGGCUCUGAUGGCCCAGAAUAUCGCUAACCUCGGGACGGGGAUCAUCAUCUCCUUUGUCUACGGUUGGCAACUGACCCUUCUGCUGCUGGCCAUCGUCCCCAUCAUUGCUGUAGCCGGGGUCAUCGAGAUGAAAAUGCUGGCUGGACACGCGCAGAGAGACAAGAGGGAACUGGAAAUUGCCGGAAAGAUCGCGGCUGAAGCCAUAGGAAACAUUCGAACGGUCGUGUCCUUGACCCAGGAAAGAAAAUUUGAGUCGAUGUACGGCGAAAGUUUACUUGGCCCUUACAGAAACUCUGUGCGCCAGGCUCACGUCUACGGGAUCACUUUCAGCAUCGCCCAAGCAUUCAUGUACUUCGCCUAUGCCGGUUGCUUCCGGCUCGGGGCCUACUUGGUGGUGAACGGACACCUGCGCUUUCGAGAUGUCAUCCUAGUGUUCUCGGCCAUGGUGUUGGGCGCCACGGCCCUGGGACACGCCAGCUCCUUCGCCCCGGACUACGCCAGGGCCAAGCUGUCCGCCGCCCACCUGUUCCUGCUGCUCGAGAGGAAGCCACUGGUAGACAGCUGCAGCGACCGCGGGCUGAAGCCAGAGAAAUUUGACGGGAACGUGUCGCUCCGAGACGUCGUCUUCAACUACCCGAGCCGGCCGGCUGUCCCGGUGCUGCAGGGCCUGAGCCUCGACGUGGGCAAGGGGCAGACCGUGGCUCUGGUGGGGAGCAGCGGUUGCGGCAAGAGCACCGUGGUCCAGCUCUUCGAGCGCUUCUACGACCCGCUGGCGGGAAGUCUGCUGCUGGACGGACAGGAUGCCAGGCAGCUGAACGUGCAGUGGCUGCGCGGGCAGAUCGGGAUCGUGUCCCAGGAGCCGGUGCUGUUCGACUGCAGCAUCGCCGAGAACAUCGCCUACGGGGACCUCGAAAGGGCCGUGUCCCGGGACGAGAUCGUGCGCGCCGCCCAGGCCGCCAACAUCCACCCGUUCAUCGAGACGCUGCCGGACAGAUACGAGACCCGGGUGGGAGACGGGGGGGCUCAGCUCUCCGGCGGCCAGAAGCAGAGAAUCGCCAUCGCCCGCGCCCUGGUCCGCCAGCCCCGGAUCCUGCUGCUGGACGAAGCCACGUCGGCCCUGGACACGGAGAGUGAGAAGCUGGUCCAGGACGCGCUGGAUCGAGCCAGAGAGGGCCGCACCUGCGUGGUCAUCGCCCACCGCCUGUCCACCAUCCAGAACGCCGACCGGAUCGCGGUCAUUCAGGACGGCCGGGUCAAAGAGCAGGGGACGCACUCGGAGCUGCUGGCCCGGGGGGGCCUCUACUUCACCCUGGUCAACGUCCGGUCCGGGAGCCAGCGCUUGUGAGGGCUGGGACGAGCGGCGCUGGAAGCGAAAACCAUCCGCCCCUUCCUUCGACGUUCGGAGCGGCGGCCUUUAACCUAAGCUACCGUCUGACGCCGGGAUGUACACGGCGAAGCCACGUGGCCCGGGGGAAAGCUCACACGCCUAGGAGGCAGGGGGCCUUCAUCCGUUCAUUUAAUCGUAUUUAUUGAGCGCUUCCCGUGUGCAGAGCACUGUACUGAGCGCUUG